AUGCGCACGACAGAUCCCUUUGGGGACGAGCAUCAUGCUCCGCUGACGAAUCCCUCUUAUGUCAAUCCCUAUGACCAUCGCACUCCGUCGCCAGGCCAUCGGCCCACAUACCAGUUGGAAGACCAUCCUUAUGCGCCCCAAAGCCAUUUGAACAUGCCCUCAAGCGAUCUCCUCGCUGAGCAACCAACUUACUCCGUGGAAAAUGUUCACAAUUCCUAUGGUCAUCAUGAAUCCUAUGAGGCUCACCACACCGAGCCCUAUGGUUACGACUACGCUAUCGACCCAGAAGCCCAUCACGACGCCUACUACACUCAACCUUACCAGCCGACACAUACACCCCACGAUGAUUACGAUUUGGGUCAGUACCCCGAAGGUGGCCAAACCCCAUUCGACGAUCAUGCUCCGUUAGUACAAGAGGACAACUCCUUUGUACCGGACUACGACCCAGAGCUCCAGGAUGAGUCUCGGCCGACUCCUAGUCCCGCUCCCAUUCGCCGUUGGAAGACCGUGAAGGAGGUGCAAUUGUUCAACGGAAAUCUCGUUCUGGAUUGUCCCAUUGCGCCGAAAUUGCUGAGCCAAGUCCCGCACGCCGAGGCCCCGGGCCGAGACGAGUUCACCCACAUGCGGUACUCGGCUGCUACCUGUGAUCCCGCAGACUUCUUCGAGGAGAGAUUCACCCUCCGUCAGAAGCUAUUUGCGAAGCCGCGCCACACGGAGCUUUUUAUUGUAGUGACCAUGUACAACGAGGACGACUUUCUGUUCGCGCGCACAAUGUCCGGUGUGUUCAAAAACAUCGAAUACAUGUGUUCGCGCACUAGCAGCAAAACGUGGGGCAAGGAUGCUUGGAAGAAGAUUGUCGUAUGUGUGAUCAGUGAUGGUCGUGCCAAGAUUAACGCGCGUACUCGUGCGGUACUUGCUGGUCUUGGUGUGUACCAGGAUGGAAUCGCCAAGCAGCAGGUCAACGGCAAAGAUGUGACUGCUCAUAUUUACGAAUAUACCACUCAGGUGGGGUUGGAGGUCAAGGGUACGCAGGUCCAUCUGAAACCCCGACAGGGUCCUCCGGUGCAGAUGAUUUUCUGUUUGAAGGAAAAGAACCAGAAGAAGAUCAACUCCCACCGAUGGUUCUUCCAAGCGUUUGGUCGUCUGCUAGACCCUAACAUUUGUGUACUUUUGGACGCUGGUACCAAGCCGGGUAGAGAUUCAAUCUACCACCUGUGGAAGGCAUUCGACCUGGAUCCCAUGUGUGGAGGUGCGUGUGGUGAGAUCAAGGUCAUGCUUUCACACGGCAAGAAAUUGCUGAAUCCACUGGUGGCUGGACAGAAUUUCGAGUACAAGCUGAGUAAUAUUCUCGAUAAGCCCCUGGAGUCUGCAUUUGGUUUCAUUACUGUGUUGCCUGGUGCUUUCUCUGCUUACCGGUUUGUCGCCCUGCAAAAUGACAAGAACGGCCAGGGUCCCUUGGAGCGAUACUUUGCUGGUGAGAAGAUGCACGGUGCCAAUGCCGGUAUCUUCACCGCCAACAUGUAUCUUGCUGAGGAUCGUAUCUUGUGUUUCGAGAUUGUCUCGAAGCGCAAGUGCCGCUGGCUCCUUCGUUAUGUCAAGAAUUCGACUGGUGAGACUGAUGUGCCCGACCGCAUGGCCGAAUUCAUUCUGCAGCGUCGUCGUUGGCUAAACGGUUCUUUCUUCGCGGCCGUGUACGCCAUCGCACACUUCUACCAGAUUGGUCGUAGUGACCACAGCUUCAUGCGCAAAUUCGCCCUAUUCAUUGAGUUCAUUUACCAGACGGUGGCUAUGAUCUUUGCGUGGUUCGGUAUCGGCAACUUCUUCCUGGUUUUCCACAUCUUGACAACAUAUCUGGGCGAUGAUGAUCUUCUGGGAACCGCGGGUAAAGUAUUGGGCAUUGUCUUCGAGUGGCUCUACAUGGCGACUCUAGUUACAUGUUUCGUCCUCGCUCUCGGUAACCGUCCUGGUGGCUCUAACAAGUUCUACAUGACAAUGGUUUACUUCUGGAUCUGUAUCAUGAUAUACUUGUCCUUCGCAGCUGUCUUUGUCACGGUCAAGUCAAUUGAAACCGAAGUGGCCGAAAAGGACUUCACGAUCAGCCAGCUCUUUACCAACAAGACCUUCUUCUCGAUCAUCGUCUCCCUCGGUUCGACCUAUGUCAUGUGGUUUGUCGCUUCGUUCAUGUUCUUGGACCCGUGGCACAUGUUCACAUCUUUCAUCCAAUACAUCCUGUUGACUCCAACGUACAUCAACGUUCUGAACAUCUACGCGUUCUGUAACACCCACGAUAUCACUUGGGGUACAAAGGGUGACGACAAGGCCGAGAAACUGCCCUCCGCGACCCUGAAGCCCGGCGGCAAGGUCGAUGUGAAUAUUCCUCAAGAUGAUGGUGAUCUGAACGCUCAGUACGAAGCCGAACUGGCAAAGUUCGCCAUGAAGCCACCAAAGGAGGUUCAGGUCAUUUCGGACGAAGAUCGCCAGGCAGACUACUACAAGGGAUUCCGUAGUGCGGUCGUGUUGGCCUGGGUAUUCUGCAACUUCGCUCUAGGUGCGGUAGUUCUCAGUGCUGCUGGCUUGGAAACAUUCGACACAAGUAGCAGUUCCGAUGGUACCACCACAGAUGAGACGCAGAAUGAGCGAUCCAUGAUCUACAUGGAGGUUGUUUUGUGGAGUGUUGCUGGGCUGUCGAUGUUCAAAUUCAUUGGCGCAACGUGGUAUUUGAUCGUUCGCAUGUUCCGAGGCGUUUGA